CUUCCCCCACCUCUGCUCCAUUAACCCUACAGGAACUCCAUAACUCAGAGCUCUACCAUUAAAAUCCCAAUUUCAAUUUUAAAAUCUUUUACCCUUUAAUUCUCCCUUUUCUAUUUUCCCAAUUUUGAUGUUCUUUUAAACCCUUCUGUUCUUAAUUGUUCAUGGCGCUUACCCGUAAAGAUAUGGAUCGGAUCAAAGGUCCGUGGAGCCCUGAAGAAGACGAUGCUCUUCAGAGAUUGGUUCAGAAGCAUGGCCCACGCAACUGGUCCCUCAUCAGCAAAUCGAUUCCCGGUCGUUCUGGUAAGUCCUGCCGGCUCCGGUGGUGCAAUCAGCUCUCUCCUCAGGUGGAGCACCGCCCCUUCUCGCCGGAGGAGGAUGAGACUAUUAUCAGAGCUCAUGCUAACUUCGGAAACAGAUGGGCUACUAUUGCUCGCCUUCUCUCCGGCCGAACGGAUAACGCUGUCAAGAAUCAUUGGAAUUCCACGCUGAAGCGAAAGUGUUCGUCGAUGAUGAAUGAGGGAUAUGAAGCGGAUCCGAACGUACAGCCUUUGAAGAAAUCGGCCAGCGCUGGUGCUGCCGUCAACGGCUCGAAUGGACUCUACAUGAGCCCUGGAAGUCCAUCGGGAUCUGACAUAAGUGAUUCUAGUGUUCCUGUUGUGUCUACGACUGUCUACCGCCCUGUUGCCAGAACCGGCGGCGUUAUACCUCCGGGAGAAUCAGCGCCGUGUUCCGACACCGACCCGCCGACGUUGCUGUCGUUGUCUCUCCCUGGAGUCGACGGUUCGAGCCACAACGUAAGUGGGUCAACGGCGCAGGUACCUCUAACGGCGGCAUUCGCUCAAAUACAGAGCAUGGCGACAACAGAGCAAGGAAGAACGACCCAGCCUAGUGGUGGGAUGGCUGAGAAAAUAAAUGGGUUUGGAGUUUUCAGUGCAGAUUUAAUGGCGGUGAUGCAAGAGAUGAUAAAAUCGGAGGUGAAAAGCUAUAUGGAAGGGUUAUCGGAGCAGAGAGGAAGAAGAUGUUUUCAGCAGGCAAAAGCUGGUGGGAUUAGGAACGUUAGCUUUUAAGCGAAACGGUGAUUCAUCAUCAAGAUUUCAACUCUUAAAAACGAAAAUUGUUAAUUAGAAUUUGGAGGGGAGAUUAUAAUGAUGAUGAUUGCAGUUACUUACCAUUCAUUCUCAGGCUUCCAAAAGAAGAGACAGAGAGAAUGAGAAAACACAGUAAGAAAAUGUGUUAGUGUGGGAAGAACAAAGAACAAAACCUGGGAGUUUUGGUUUCUUUCCAAUUUUCAGCUCUUUUUUAUUGUAGUUUUUGAAGGAAAUAAUAUUUAGUCAAUGUACAGACAAAGAAAAGGGAGGGAAGUUCCCACUUCCAUUACAGAAACGGAAAUUGAACAAAACAGAGGUGAAGUUCGGAAGAAGUAUAUGAAUUUAUGGACCCUAAAACUGGGAAAAAAAAAAAAAAGGUUUGGACUUCUGAAAUUUGGGAGUAUUGGAACUUUGCUUUCAUUCUUGACAUUUCUCGUCUCUCAUUUUAAAAAACAUAAAAUCAUAAGGGAAAAAAAAGAAAAAGAAAAAGGAAAACAAAUCAAAAGUGCAGAAAAUCGAUCCCUUAGUUUAAAGUUGAAUGGUGGUCAAAUAAUGUUCUAAAUUCUAUCUAUGUAUACCUUUUCUUCCUUCUCAUUUUCGGUCUGGAAAUGGACAAUGGCCAUAACUACAACUACAAGGGAUAUUUUGAAUGACAGACUAGAAGAAAUUUCAACGAGGGAAUUCUUUGAAUGGAUAUUCCUUUGUUUAUUUAUUUAUUUUUAUUUUGGUGAGAAUUGGAUAUUCUAUUUGAAGUU